AUGAGGGAACGGGAGGAAGAGAGAACGGGAGAACGAGGGAACGGGAGGAAGAGGGCACAGGAGGAAGAGAGAACGGGAGAAAGAGGGAAUGGGAGGAAGAGGGAACGGGAGGAAGAGGGAACGGGAGGAAGAGGGAACGGGACAAAGAGGGAACGGGAGGAAGAGGGAACGGGAGGAAGAGAGAACGGGAGGAAGAGGGAACGGGACGAAGAGAGGGAACGGGAGGAAGAGGGAACGGGAGUAAGAGGGAACGGGAGGAAGAGAGAACGGGAGGAAGAGGGAACGGGACAAAGAGGGAACGGGACAAAGAGGGAACGGGAGGAAGAGGGAACGGGACGAAGAGGGAACGGGACGAAGAGGGAACGGGAGGAAGUGGGAACGGGAGGAAGAGGGAACGGGAGGAAGAGGGAAUGGGAGGAAGAGGGAACGGGAGUAAGAGGGAACGGGAGGAAGAGGGAACGGGAGGAAGAGGGAACGGGAGGAAGAGUGAACGGGAUGAAGAGGGAAUGGGAGGAAGAGAGAACGGGAGGAAGAGGGAACGGGAGGAAGAGGGAACGGGAGGAAGAGGGAACGGGAGGAAGAGGGAACGGGAGGAAAAGGGAACGGGAGGAAGAGGGAACGGGAGGAAGAGGGAACGGGAGGAAGAGGAAACGGGAGGAAGAGGGAACGGGAGGAAGAGAGAACGGGAGGAAGAGGGAACGGGAGGAAGAGGGAACGGGAGAAAGAGAGCUGCAGUGA